UUUUGUAAUCCGAGACUGCAUGAGUCAUCGUUUUCCAAAUGAUGGGAUGAUGACAUGAAGAAAGUGAAAGUGCACAUUGUAACGGGAUCAUUACGGCCCUGACAAAGCCUUCAUUGAAAAAGGACGCCAUCCCCUCGUCCUCGUAACAGUUGGUAUCGCCUGUGUGACAUAAUGACAAACCGUUAUACAGUACAUUUUCAUGGCUCAUAUCUGCUGUACGCUGUGUCGCUGUUCUUGGCCUGCUUGAUGGUCCUGCAGUCCAACCGGGUCAGAGAGAUGCAGGUCGAACUGCGGGAGCUGCGUCAGUGGACCAGUCUGGUGUGCGGGGACAUAAAGGAAUCGUCUACUGAUAUCUCGCGCUGCGGGAUAUCUGACUCUCACAGACAUACACAAUGGAAUGGAAUUCGAGGAAAGAGGGAGAUUUCAAGACAUGGGAGACGGAGACAGCGGCGCACUGCAGGGAGUAGUGCCUUUCUUCAUCUUGUUCCUCUGUCAUCACACUCAUAUGAUGAAGAUGACUACACUCUGGUAGAAUGGGCUCUAGGACUGAGUCGUCUAGGGGAGGGGCUGCAGGUCUUUGGAGAAAAGGUCACUGUGGUAACCGAAGGGACUUACUUCAUCUACAGUCAGGUGCUGUAUAAAGACACCACAUGGACUAUGGGUCAUGUGAUCAAGAAGCGUCUACAUGGUAUUGAGACCAUCUUGAUGAAGUGCAUACAGAGUAUGCCCAGCAACAUCACUGUGGCCCAAAACACCUGCUACACAGCCGGUGUCCAUUACCUGGAGCCAGGAUCCACUCUGGAACUCUCCAUUCCCAGGAAAUCUGCUGGGCUUGUCCUCAAGCCUCACUCCACCUUCCUUGGCAUGUUCAGGAUCUGACACUGAGUGACGAUCUAACACAAAAACAUGUCUCUCCAGAAACCUACAAUCACUGCCUAUAAUAACCCGACAUGCUGACCUACUGCAUUGUGUUGCCUGAUAUUUAAUAAACUCUUAUCAAUAUCAAAA